GCCCACAAUCAAAUACAUUAAAUCUAAUCUUAUCUUGCGUGACGCAUGCAGAAGCGUCAUUAAUGAUCUUGACUAAGUCUUGGAGUGUAUUCAAUGAUAUAAUGACUCAAAAGCGUCAUUAAUGUGUUAGGUACAACAUUAAAUCAUGGCAUUAACUUUUCCCAUUUGCCACAACUACCUUAUAGUGACUUAAUUCAUUUCCCUAAUUUCGAAUAUCAUUUGAAACUUUCAGACAAAAUAAUGAGUUGCACUGUUCAUUUUCCAUUAAUGGGACCAAAAAAAUGUGGCCAUAUAAAUGGCAUGAGCUAGGCUUCUUGUCUGCGCACACAACUACAAUUAGCACUCUGCAUUUGCGAUAUGGAGAGAGUUUCUUCCCAUUUUCUCAUCCUUGCACUACUCUUACCAAUCCAUUAUUUGAUGGAUUAUAGCUCAGCCAAAAACGAUAUCAACACCGAUCGUUCUUCACUUCUUGCCUUGAAAUCUCAAAUCACUUUAGAUCCUCAAAAUAUAUUGACCCAAAAUUGGAGCACUGAAGCCAGUGUUUGUAGUUGGAUCGGAGUUAUUUGUGAUUCACGUUACAAUAGGGUUACGCAGUUGAACAUAUCGUACAUGGGUCUUGUCGGAACCCUCCCGCCAGAAAUCGGGAAUCUUUCUUCUCUGGUUUCUUUAGAAGCGAACGAGAACUCCUUUCAUGGCCCCAUUCCCCCAUCUAUCUUCAACAUGUCAUUUCUAGAAGUUUUGGAACUAAGGAAUAAUAGUUUGUCUAGUAGUUUACCUCUUGAUAUGUGCAAACGCAAUCUGCAUAGACUCAAGAGGCUUCGUAUAUCUUACAACAAGAUGUAUGGGGAAAUACCAUCGAGUUUGGGGCAGUGUUCACAGCUUGAGUAUCUUUCUUUGGUAAACAACACUUUCACUGGAUUUGUGCCGACAGAAAUUGGGAACUUGACGAAGCUUCAAGUGUUGCUCCUUGGUGUAAAUAAGUUGACUGGAGUUAUUCCACAAGAGAUACAUCAUGUUCAUAAUUUACGAGAGUUGAACUUGAGUUCGAACAAGUUGUCAGGCACCUUGCCACCAACCAUUUUCAACAUGUCUUCCUUGGCAUGGAUUGACUUAUCAAGUAACACACUUAGCGGGGCAUUGCCUUCAGAAAUUAGGAACAAGAAAGCAGUACUAGAGUUUUUAUACCUUGAAAACAAUGCUUUAACCGGUGCUAUUCCGAAAGAGAUUGGAAAUCUUCAUAAUUUGCAGGACAUGUGGUUGGGUUCCAACGAACUUAGCGGAUCAAUCCCGAGAGAAGUGGGGAACAUGACAGCUCUGGGCAGCUUACGGCUCGACAAUAAUAGUUUAAGUGGAGUUAUUCCACAAGACAUACAUCAUCUUCAUAAUUUACGAGAGUUGGACUUGAGUUUGAACAAGUUGUCAGGCACUUUGCCACCAACCAUUUUCAACAUGUCUUCCUUGACAAUGAUUGACUUAUCAAGUAACACAUUUAGCGGGGCAUUGCCUUCAGAAAUUGGAAACAUGAAAGCACUACAGAAUUUAUACCUUGAAGACAAUGCUUUAACCGGUGCUAUUCCGAAAGAGAUUGGAAAUCUUCAUAAUUUGCAGGACAUGUGGUUGGGUUCCAACGAACUUAGCGGAUCAAUCCCGAGAGAAGUGGGGAACAUGACAGCUCUGGGCAGCUUACGGCUCGACAAUAAUAGUUUAAGUGGUGCUAUUCCGAAAGAGAUUGGAAAUCUUCAUAAUUUGCAGGACAUGUGGUUGGGUUCCAACGAACUUAGCGGAUCAAUCCCGAGAGAAGUGGGGAACAUGACAGCUCUGGGCAGCUUACGGCUCGACAAUAAUAGUUUAAGUGGUGCUAUUCCGAAAGAGAUUGGAAAUCUUCAUAAUUUGCAGCACAUGUGGUUGCAUUCCAACGAACUUAGCGGAUCAAUUCCGAGAGAAGUGGGGAACAUGACAGCUCUUUCUAACUUACUGCUCGACAAUAAUAGUUUAAGUGGUGCUAUUCCGAAAGAGAUUGGAAAUCUUCAUAAUUUGCAGGACAUGAGGUUGGGUUCCAACGAACUUAGCGGAUCAAUCCCAAGAGAAGUGGGGAACAUGACAGCUCUUUCUAACUUACAACUCGACAAUAAUAGUUUAAGUGGUGCUAUUCCGAAAGAGAUUGGAAAUCUUCAUAAUUUGCAGGACAUGUGGUUGGGUUCCAACGAACUUAGCGGAUCAAUCCCGAGAGAACUGGGGAACAUGACAGCUCUGGGCAGCUUACAGCUCGACAAUAAUAGUUUAAGUGGUACUAUUCCAUCCUCCAUCUGUAACUUGACAUCUCUUCAAGCUCUUCUUCUCUCAAAUAACAAUUUGGAAGGAACAAUUCCACAAUGCUUUGGAAAUUUGAGCAAAUCUUUGCUCAUUUUUCAUUUAAAUGUAAAUCAGUUUAGUGGUCUCAUUCCAUCAUCAUUUAGCAAGGGAUGUGGCCUUGUGUCCAUCAAUUUGAAUGGUAAUAAAUUGCAAGGACCAUUACCUAAAUCCUUGAUCAAUUGCCAAAGACUACGAGACCUCGACGUCGGAAAUAAUAGAAUACAAGACGAAUUUCCCUUUUGGAUGGAAGUCCUUCCAGACCUUCGAGUGCUGGUCUUGAGGGCUAACAAGUUUUAUGGUAACAUGUCACUUCCUUCGCAAACCAAGAUUCCAUUUCAUAAUUUGCAAGUUUUAGAUAUAUCUCAGAAUAGAUUUGUGGGCUCUCUGCCUCAAGGAUAUUUCAAGAAUUUCAGAGCAAUGAUAGAGGUAAAUGAAACAAGCUUGUCAACUAACGACGCCUUCUUUAAAGAUUAUGUGGACAUGAGGCUCACCUUGAAAGGUUUGGAUCAAUUAUUAAAGAGAUUGUUGUCGGACUUCACAGCAAUUGACUUAUCCUCCAACCGGUUUACUGGGAGUGUUCCACAUUCCAUAGGAAAUCUUAAGAUUCUCAAAUACUUGAAUCUGUCCCACAAUAACCUCAUAGGAAAUAUCCCUUCAUCUCUUGGAAAUUUGAGUGAACUUGAAUCUUUAGACUUGUCGGUGAACAAGUUGGAUGGAGAAAUUCCAAGUGAAUUGACAGGGUUGACAUUUCUUGCGAAAUUAAACCUUUCAAUGAAUAAUUUUGUGGGACAAAUACCACAGUCUAAGCAGUUUUCCACAUUUGAGAAUGAUUCAUACGUGGGAAACUUGAGACUGUGUGGAGUUCCGUUGACGAGAAAAUGCAACGACGAGAAUGGGCAUGGGAUGAAGCCACAAGAAGAUGAUGAUGAAGAAGAUGAGUUUGGAUUUAUAGAUGGAUUUGGAUGGAGAAGUGUGGUGAUGGGAUAUGGAAGUGGACUCAUAGUUGGAAUUGGAAUUGGUUACAUUAUCAUUAGAAAUGGAAGGCCAAGAUGGUUAGUGGAAUUCUUUUUUGGCAUUGGAUAUAAUAAUAAUAAUAAGAAGAAGAAGAAGAAGAAGAGACGCAGCAGAGCUACACCAACACCAACACGCAGGAGAACUUAAUUGAAGACUUGUGCUCGAAUUGUGUUUUCUUUUUCUUAUUUCCUUUGUAAUGGCUACGUUAGUGUGUUUUUAGAGUUUACGAAAUGUUGUUGUUUGUUCAAAUAUGUGAAGUUUUAAUUUUAUCUCGUUUAGGUA